UAAUCAACAGAAAAAAAUCUGUGCAAGUCGCAGUAUGAAUCAUUCUAUUUAUUAACGUGAAAUAGUUGCGUGUAGUAGAUUAUUUCGUGCAUUGUGCAUUGCAGCUUUAAAUUGUGAAACAAUUCACGAUUACUAAUAUUCUAGAAUUCUCGUGCCGUUUCUCAAUCUCAAUAGUGAUAGUGUAGAUAAUUUUUUGUCGAACAAAAUUGUCCAGGAGAUUCCUCGAUUUUCCGAAAAUCGCCAAUCAACAAAGGGAUUCUUUGUAGUCUGAUAUUUAGCCAGAUCUCAUCAUGUCGCUGUAUCCAUCACUCGAGGACAUGCAGGUGGACAAAAUUAUGCAAUCGCAGAAUGCGGCCAUCUCGAAUGCCGUCGCUCAACAGCAAAGUGCCCCGUUUCAUGAUCCUCCGCCAGCCUACUCGGCAAAUCCGUACGCUCAGCUUCUGCCUGGCUCCGUUGGUAGCAGUGAACCAGAGAAUGGCAAGAAAUCGGAAUUUAUUUACCCAGAUCUGGCAGACUAUCUGGGCUUGGAGCUUAGUCGCGAGGUCAUAGCCGCCAACAUGCCUGAAUAUUUGAACCGCGACACCCGGAUGGCCGCCUAUCAGCCGGAAGUGUCUGCCGUAGUGACGGUGAACAAUUCUAACAUGGUUGCACCUGUUUCAGGGGGAUCUGUAGGAUUGAAGCGCGGGCAGGUUACCAACGGAAUUCGUGAGUUGAUUCUCUGCAAGGGUGCUGAUAAGAAGGUUGGACUGCGCGCACAAGCCAUCAAUAAAGGGGUCUUUGUUUGUGUGGUGGUAAAAAAUAGCCCCGCUGCAUUGGCGGGACUUCGGUUUGGAGAUCAGAUCCUGCAGGUGAACGGAACCUUGGUAGCUGGUUACUCGGUCGAUGAUGUCCAUAAAUUGUUGAAAAAGAGCGACAAAAACAAUAUUUCGUUAGUUGUUCGUGAUCGUCCGUUCGAACGCGCUGUUACUUUGCAUAAAGACUCUGCCGGAUCCGUUGGAUUCCAGUUCAACAAUGGUAAGAUCACUGCCAUUGUAAAGGAUUCCUCCGCUGCCCGUAACGGACUUUUGAUUGAGCAUCAGUUGCUGGAAAUUAAUGGCCAAAAUGUAAUCGGAAUGAAGGAUAAGGAAAUUUCCCAAUUGAUUGCGGCAGGUGGUCAAAUCAUCACCUUGACGGUAAUACCAACGAUUAUCUACGAUGUCAUGAUGAAGAAACUGUCAACAUCAUUUAUUAGGGGCAAAAUGGACCACUCGCUGCCUGAUUUCUAAAAUUUAAAACUAAACCAGUAAUUUCGCUGUUGCCAAACAAGUCCUGUUAUUCAGUUCUGUAUUGUUUAUUGAUAACAGCACGCAUAUUUACUUCCUGUUCAAUCAAUAUUGUAAUCAUAAUUUCAUUCCCUGGAUAGAAUGAAACAAUGAAGGAAUUGCGCACAGUGUAGUUUGUUAGUUUUGCACUAUCCUUCAAGUAAUCUUUACAAAAUCGUACAUGCUAGUUACAUGUCAAUAGUUGCGAUUGCUGCAAUGAAUUUUUAUAUUAUAUACAUAUAUUAAACAGUAAUAUUAAUAAACAGUCA